GACACAGCCUCUCUCUGUCCCCUGCCCCAAUGAAUGUCUGCACUAGGGCCAAGGCUUGGAGUGAUUUACCUGAAGAGUGACACCAUUUGGAAACCACUGAAGAAACCCAAGACAGCUGAAAACCAGAAGGCGUCUGAGGAGAAUGAGAUUACUCAGACGGGUGCAAGCAGCGCCAAGCCAGGCCUUCCCUGCCUGAACCUUGAAGCUGUUCCGCCUCUGAGCCCAGCCCUCACCCACUCAUCACAGUCACCAACAAACCUGCCCGCACACACAGGGUCAUCUGAUUGUAACAUCAGUUGCAAGGGGAUGACAGAGCGCAUUCACAGCAUCAACCUUCACAACUUCAGCAAUUCUGUGCUCGAGACCCUCAACGAGCAGCGCAACCGUGGCCACUUCUGUGACGUGACGGUCCGCAUCCACGGGAGCAUGCUACGCGCCCACCGCUGCGUGCUGGCGGCUGGCAGCCCCUUCUUCCAGGACAAGCUGCUGCUGGGGUACAGCGACAUCGAGAUCCCCUCAGUGGUGUCAGUCCAGUCCGUGCAAAAGCUCAUUGACUUCAUGUACAGUGGGGUGCUGCGGGUCUCACAGUCAGAGGCCCUGCAGAUCCUCACAGCUGCCAGCAUCCUGCAGAUCAAGACUGUGAUUGAUGAAUGCACAAGGAUCGUCUCGCAGAAUGUGGGGGAGGUCUACCCAGUGAUUCAGGACUCUGGGCAGGAGACGCCCAGGGGGACCCCCGAAUCGGGCACCUCAGGGCAGAGCAGCGACACAGAGUCUGGCUACCUGCAGAGCCACUCGCAGCACAGCGUGGACAGGAUCUACUCAGCUCUCUAUGCCUGUUCCAUGCAGAAUGGCAGUGGGGAGCGCUCCUUCUACAGCGGAGCAGUGGUCAGCCACCAUGAAACGGCCUUGGGGCUUCCCAGAGACCAUCACAUGGAAGACCCCAGCUGGAUUACACGGAUCCACGAGCGCUCACAGCAGAUGGAGCGGUACCUCUCCACCACUCCAGAGACCACACACUGCCGCAAGCAACCACGCCCAGUCCGGAUCCAGACCCUAGUAGGCAACAUCCACAUCAAACAGGAGAUGGAGGAUGACUAUGACUACUAUGGCCAGCAGAGGGUGCAGAUCCUGGAGCGUAAUGAGUCUGAGGAAUGCACUGAGGACACUGACCAAGCAGAAGGGACUGAGAGUGAGCCCAAGGGGGAGAGUUUUGACUCUGGAGUCAGUUCCUCCAUUGGGACUGAGCCAGAUUCCAUGGAGCAGCACUUCAUGGCUAACUUGGGCCGAGAGGGUCAGCAGGAACCUUCCCAGGCAGAGCAAAAUGAAGUCCCUGCUGAAGGCACACAGACCCAGCCGCAACACCUAGAUGCCAACACUUCCUCGCCAGACAGAAGCAAUGACAUUGAAAUGGACAGCAAAGUGCUCACUGUCAGUAACAACAGCGAAAAGGGGGCCUUGCAGCCUUCUGUCAACACAACAGUUGCCCAACCAUUGCCAAGUACCCAGCUUUACUUACGCCAGACAGAAACCCUCACCAGCAAUCUGAGGAUGCCGCUGACCCUGACCAGCAACACACAGGUCAUUGGCACAGCUGGCAACACCUACCUGCCUGCCCUCUUUACCACACAGUCUGCUGGCAGUGGACCUAAACCUUUCCUUUUCAGCCUGCCCCAGCCCUUAGCUGGCCAACAGACACAGUUUGUGACAGUGACCCAGCCUGGCCUGUCAACCUUUACUGCCCAGCUGCCAGCCCCACAGCCCUUGGCCCCAUCUGCGGGCCACAGCACAGCAGGUGGGCAGGGUGAAAAAAAGCCUUACGAGUGCACUCUUUGCAACAAGACUUUCACCGCCAAACAGAACUACGUCAAGCACAUGUUUGUACACACAGGUGAGAAGCCCCACCAAUGCAGCAUCUGUUGGCGCUCCUUCUCCUUAAAGGAUUACCUAAUCAAACACAUGGUGACGCACACCGGUGUGAGGGCCUACCAGUGCAGCAUCUGCAACAAGCGCUUCACCCAGAAGAGCUCCCUCAACGUGCACAUGCGCCUCCACCGUGGGGAGAAGUCCUACGAGUGCUACAUCUGCAAGAAGAAGUUCUCCCACAAGACCCUUCUGGAGAGGCAUGUGGCUCUGCAUAGUGCCACCAACGGCACGACCGGCGCAGCAGGCACCGGCACCAGGCCUGUCCCUGCCGGGGUGGUGGCCUGCACGGAGGGGACCACAUAUGUCUGCUCUGUCUGUCCAGCUAAGUUUGACCAAAUGGAGCAUUUCAACGACCACAUGAGGAUGCAUGUGUCAGACGGAUAAGUAGAAUCUCUGUCUCUUUGUUAUGAACAAAAAAAAAUAGAAACAACAACAAAAAAGCUAUGGCACUAGAAUUUAAGAAAUGUUUUUGUUUCCU